CCUUGUUGAAUGUGAACACAAAAAGACAACAAGAGAAAGUUGAGACUUUUCUUUUUAACUUCCUCUUGUCUGAACUCGAACCGAAUCGCCAUUGUUGUUGGCAACUUGUUGCCCUUUGGUCUCUUCUUCGUCUUCUCUUUUCUGACAAAAAACCAAACCUUUUAGUAUUUUUCUUCAGAAAGAUUUAAACUUUUCCCAACAACAAAAAAAAAGCAGUCAGUCAUCCAGGAGUGUUUCCUCGUUUCCUUGACACAUGUGUUUCGCAUCAUUCGUCAUAAUAUAAAUAAAAGAAGAAAGACGAAACUGACUUACCAAGCAAAGCAACCUCAACAUGCUUCUCCUUCAUUCGCCAUCAUCACCUUCUUCAUUAUCCUAAUUGAAAUUCUCAAAAAAAAACAUGUCUAAGAACUCACAAGUCGAAGAAGAGAGAGGAGAGAAGCCAAUCAGCGAAGCUCUGAAGAGAUUCAAGAGGUCGAAACUCGUCUUCGAGCCCUCUCUAGCAGUGUUGGGGUUCUUCUUACUCGGUUUGUGUCUCGUGUGGAGCUUUUUCUACUUUGACUACAGAAGCGCCGCUAAAAGCUACAACCUUUCUGAUAAAUCAGAUAGAUUCGUUUGGCUCAAACUUGACAACAAGAGUUCAAACAGAGUUGGGUUUCUAGAAGAGAGUGGAGACGGGUGUGAUGUGUUCGAUGGAGACUGGGUCUGGGACGAGUCUUAUCCUCUGUAUCAGUCCAAAGACUGCAGAUUUCUCGAUGAAGGGUUUAGGUGUAGUGAGUUUGGAAGGUCUGAUCUGUUUUAUACUCACUGGAGAUGGCAACCUCGUCACUGUAAUUUGCCCAGGUUUGAUGCUAAAAUGAUGCUGGAGAAACUAAGGGACAAGAGGCUAGUGUUUGUUGGAGACUCAAUAGGAAGAAACCAGUGGGAGUCUCUUCUUUGUCUACUCUCUUCUGCUGUCAAGAACGAUAGUUCGGUUUACGAGGUCAAUGGAAGUCCCAUCACAAAGCACACUGGUUACUUGGUGUUUAGAUUCAAAGACUACAACUGCACGGUGGAGUACUACAGAUCUCCGUUCUUGGUUCCCCAAGGCAGACCACCGGCUAGAUCACACAAGAAGGUUAAGACAACUUUGAAACUAGACACUAUGGAGUGGACUUCUAGCAAAUGGAGAGAUGCAGAUGUCUUGGUGUUCAAUACAGGACACUGGUGGAACCACGGCAAAACUAUCAGAACGGGAUGCUACUUUCAAGAAGGAAAAGAAGUGAAGUUGAAGAUGACUGUAGAUGAUGCGUAUAAGCGAGCUAUGGAGACCGUUAUGAAAUGGAUACAGACCGAAGUCGAUUCCAACAAAACUCGAGUCUUCUUUCGAACAUUCGCCCCUGUGCAUUUCAGGGGAGGAGAUUGGAGAACGGGAGGAACAUGUCACAUGGAGACGUUGCCUGAGAUUGGAACUACUAACUCAUUGGCUUCAUCAGAGACAUGGGAACAGUUAAAGAACCUCGGAGAUGCGUUGUUAUCACAUCACUCCAACAGAUCAGGGACCGUUAAAGUGAGUGUAUUGAACAUUACAGCAAUGUCUGCUCAAAGGAAAGAUGGUCACCCUUCGCUUUACUAUCUCGGCUCUCUCGGUCCUGCACCGCUUCAUCGCCAAGACUGUAGCCACUGGUGCCUUCCCGGUGUUCCUGACACGUGGAACGAGCUUCUCUAUGCGUUGUUUAUGAAACAAGAAGCUUCUGCUUCUUCUAGAAGAGUCAAGGAAGCAAAGAGUAGUGGUAAUGUCACAAUGUCAUGAUCAUAAAAAGGUUUGUGAUUAUUUUUUUGAUGGAGGGAUUAGUAGUUUCAUUGGAUGGGAAUAUGUAAUUAGGUUUUGAUAAUCUUUUCUUUUGUAAAGAUUAAAAAUCUCGAAUGAUAUUAAAGUUUCAUACACAAAGAUUGAGUUA